GAGCUUUAAAUAUAGUAGCUUAUAUAUAGAAAGCAGUCUUAUCUGUGGAAGGAGAAUUGAGCUUUCACCAAACUCUGUUCCCAUAGCUGAACUCAUGUUUACAAAGCUUUUCCUUGCAGGGAAAUGGAUUCUGUGGAUACUGUGGAUUUUUCUAUAGUAUCCACUGCAGGAAUUGAGAUACGUGUAUUUUAAAGCUGUAGCUUUCAAACAUGAUUGGUAAUAUUACCUACUUCUGAUUUGUAGAGCUCAUCUUGAGGUGUCUCUAAUGAGACCAUUUAUGCAAAAAAAGUAUUGAACUAACUGCCAAAUAAAAGAAGAGCAAGAUGAUGAAUAAAAUUGAAGCUCUGCUAAUUUGCAGGAGUUUUGAAUGGACUUCUGAAUAUAUCAGUCUGAAAAGACCCUCUGUGCCUCAAAAAUUGUUUCAGGAACUCCAGCAAAGCCUUCUUCCUCUGAGAAUUUUAUUGGAGAAGUCAACAUGUGGACAGCAGUGGCUAGCGUGCUGUUAAGGGCCGAAGUCCGACGAGCCUGUACGUGCUCUCUGCGUCGAGUACCAAAGGGCAGGAGUGCGGUCCCGGGGGCCGCUCUCCCUCAGCGCGGCUGGCAGCGUACCGCUCGAGUGGGCCGCACAGCUCAGCCGCUCAACAUGAAAGCAAAAAUACAGAAGGUGGAAGCUCUGGAGGAAAAUCGUUUUGUCUGUGUCCACUGGGAGGAUGGAAGCGAGAGCCGUUUCCCUUGCGUCUGGCUGAGAGACAACUGCCAGUGCCCUGAUUGCUUCUUACACUCUGCCAAAGCACGCAAAUUGGUUUUCGCAGACCUAGAUGUUAACAUUGUGGUAAAGGAUGUCACUUUGACAGAUACAAAGAAGGUAUCUCUUACCUGGCCAGAUGGACACACAAGCAAAUAUGAAGCCGAAUGGUUGAAAAAGCGAUGCUUCUCUGAAGAAGCCAGAGCUGAAAUGCGAAAAGAGUUAUUUUUACCAGAAUGUGAGUACUGGGGCUCGGACUUGCAGCUUCCUGAACUGCCUUUUGAAGAAGCCUUGUGCAAUGAUGAAAGCGCGUACAAGUGGCUGUGCACCCUAAAGAAAGUAGGAAUUGUGCUACUGACAGGAGCCCCUACUAGGCAGGGAGAGCUGGUUAAACUUGGCCAAAGGAUUGGUUUCCUGCGUCUCACAUUUUAUGGACCAACUUGGCAAGUGCAAGACAAAACAGAUGCUAACAAUGUGGCUUAUACAAGUGGGAAGCUAAGUUUUCACACUGAUUACCCUGUUCUACAGCAUCCACCUGGGGUUCAGUUUCUUCACUGUAUAAAGCAAACAGCUGCAGGAGGUGAAAGUGAAGUUGUAGAUGGAUUUCAUGUAGCCAACAAGCUGAAGAAACAAAAUCCUCAAGCAUUUCGGAUCCUGUCCUCUACUGCCAUAGACUAUACAGAUGUUGGAGUCGACUACUGUGAUUUUGCUAUGCAAUGCAAACAAAGGAUCAUAGACACAGAUGGCAGCGGCCGAGCCGUUCGCAUCAAUUAUAAUAACGCAACAAGAGACACUGUGUUUGACGUACCAGCUGAGAACGUGCAGCCAUUUUAUGCAGCUCUAAAGGAAUUUGAUGAUUUAUUAAACAGCACUGAACACAAGUUUACUUACAAGAUGAAACCAGGGGACAUAAUAACAUUUGAUAACUGGCGCCUGCUUCAUGGUCGCCGAAGCUACCAGUCGGGAGCCACAGUGACUCGCCACCUGGAGGGGGCCUACGCAGACUGGGACGUGGUCAUGUCCAGGCUCCGGCUCCUGCGGAAGAAGCUCCUGGACACGACUGAGCUUCCUUCUGACUAGAAGGAGCAAAAACUAGACUAUCUACCCUUUAAAAAGGCAAAGAAAAAUACCCAAUAUAUUUUGUUUCCAGAAACCAACAUCAAGAAAAUAUUUUUGAGUUCCAUAAGCCUUUAAGAAUCCCUAUUCAUAACAAUUUAAGAUUUAUCUAUGCCCUAACCUUUGAACCUAUAAAAGCAUUGCUACCUCAGUUAAUUCAUUUGCUUUUUGAUCUUGGAAGUAGUUUUGCAUGUUGCUAUCAGUUUAUAGGGCUGAUGGGGUAUCAGAACACCUUGAUUUACUGUAACAAAUAUAUCUAUGCUCCCUAGAAAGCUUUUCAGAGAAGCAUUCUGUAUUGCAUAAAUAAUAACCAAACUUCAUUAUCAAAAAAAAUAAUCACUGCUUUGGAGUUAUUUCUGUACGGUCACCUUGCUAGAUGGAGCCACACUUUAAUAAAAAGUUCUCCUUAUUCAACA